GAAGUCCCUGUGUCGCAACCGCCCUCUAUAUAUACUAACCGCAAAAAGGUGUAACCAUGCAGUACUAGUAUCGGCCUUCAUUGGAUGAAGUACUAGUGUAUUUAAGACAACAAUGUACUCCAAAUUUAUAAUUGUCUUAGCGACAUUGUGUGUCGCGAACGCUUCUGUGGUCGUCAACUUUUUCGAUGAUGAUCCCAAUGUUGGAGUAUUAAGUAAAGACAAAGAUUGCAACCCCACCGCCUGUGACCAGCUCUGCCGUAGACUUAAGUUCCCCGGUGGGGCUUGCGUCAACGGACGUUGCAAGUGCGACAACUUCUUCAGCGAAAAUGAAGGAGUUUCAGAAUUGUCACCCUCUGACUUGGAAGCAUUCUCUACAUUAGAAGAUGAACCCCUAUCAGAGGAUGAAGCAGGUGACAGAAGCAGAUGUCGCCCUUCUGCCUGCGAGAUAAUCUGCCAUAGUCUCCAGCAUCCCGGUGGUGCCUGUGUGAACGGUCGCUGCCAGUGUGACAAGUUGUUUGAAGAGCAAGAUGAAUUAGAAAAUGAGAUCUCUUACAAAGAUUGCAACCCCACCGCCUGUGACCAGCUCUGCCGUAGACUCAAGUUCCCCGGUGGUGCUUGCGUUAACGGUCGCUGCAAAUGUGACAUUUUCCGUAGCUCUGAAGAAGCAGUUUUAGAAUUAUCACUUUCUGACUUAGAAGCAUUCUCUACACUCGAAGACGAACCCCUAUCUGAGGCUGAAGUAGCUGACAGAAGCAGUUGCAGCCUUUCUGCCUGCGAGCAAUACUGCCAUAGACUCAAGUUGCCCGGUGGUGCCUGUGUGAACGGUCGCUGCAAGUGUGACAAGUUCUUUAGUGAACAAGAUGAAAUAGAAAAUGAGAUCUCUUACAAGAACUGCAACCCCACCGCCUGUAACCAGCUCUGCCGUAGACUCAAGUUCCCCGGUGGUGCUUGCGUUAACGGUCGCUGCAAAUGUGACAAUUUCCGUAGCUCUGAAGAAGCGGUUUUAGAACUAUCGCCCUUAGACUUAGAAGCAUUCUCUUCGCUUGAAGACGAGCACUUAUCUGAGGCUGAAGUAGCUGACAGAAGCAGUUGCAGCCUUUCCGCCUGCGAGCAACACUGCCAUAGACUCAAACUGCCCGGUGGUGCCUGUGUGAACGGUCGCUGCAAAUGUGACAAGUUCUUCAGUGAGCAAGUGGAAACAUUUAACCCUGACAUCCCCGAAUUCACAUCAGGUGAUGCCAACUCUGCACCCGUUGAGGAACCGGCGAAGAAUGUCACUCACAGUAAAUGCAAACCAGAAUUGUGUGAUUUAAUCUGUCGCAAACUGAAGUACGAUCGUGGAGAAUGUCUCGAGAACAAAUGUAAAUGCUUCAAAAAUGAAGGUUUGGUUCAAAUGAAUUCUGCACCAGUUCUGGAACCAGCAAAGAAUAAUACUCACGGCAAAUGCAGACAAGGGCUGUGUGACUUGAUAUGUCGCAAACUGAAGUAUCACCGCGGCGAAUGUGUAGAUAACCAAUGCAAAUGCUACAAAGACGGAGUUGAACGUGAUGACAAUGAUACGCCUAUAACUCAAUUCUCAGAAGACCUUAAAAAAGUCGUAUGUACGAAACGCGUUUGCAACCGCAUGUGUCGUUCAUUGGAAUACGAAGGGGGCAACUGCAAAAACGGGAAAUGCUGGUGCUAUGGUCCGCCCAAAAAGUCAGCUCGAUCUGUCCUAGAGAAUUCUACAGAAAAAGAAAAAGUUAUUAGCUUGGACGCCGCUACAGAAAAAGUCUCACAAAUCAAGUCAGACGAAGAAAAAGAAGAAUCCAAAGAAGACACUUAUGGAAAAGAUAAAGUAAUUUCGCGUUUUCGUCGUGAAUCGUGCAGUCCAACCCCUCCAAUGUACAAAGCCGCCGGCGAAGAGGAAGCAAAACUCAACCAAGACAACAACACAACUGAAAAAGGUAAAUUAAUGUCGCGCGCUCAUCAGGGUACGUGUACAAAAAAAGCAUGCAAGAAGAAGUGCGAGUUCUUCGGUGGCCCCAGCUUUUGUUGGAUAGACAUAUGCAUUUGUUUGUAAAUAAUGCAUUACUGUAUUGAACGACGCCAUCUCUUGGUGACUUGGAACUCGGUCGGUUUGGAUGCGAUCUACCUCCAGCAACUUUCUAUGUUAUGCAUUUAAUUUACAAUAGUCAAUAUUUUUGUACCUUUUCAUUAUGUAAGUUAAAGAUUUCUUUUAAGAUUUUUUAUAUGUACUUAUUGUAAAAAUAUUGCUUAUUUCUUUACUAAUGAAGUGUUCAGUAUUACUUUAAUUGUAUAUUGUUUAUAAUCUAUACAAUAUUUUAAAAUAAAUAUAUAUAAAUACAUACCUUUUUGUUUCCUUUAUGAUUUUAUGCUACUCAAUUAAGACGUUCAAAAAUACUAACUUCAUAAAACCUGGAACUCGUAAAUAAAUUUAUUAAAAGUUGGUAUUUUAUUUGGUUUUUGUAAUUUUGCCGCAUUUUAUAUAACAGUGCCAUCUCUGUGUCAUACAGUGUAC